UGGAGAGCUGGGGCGAAGCGGGCGCGGGCGCAGCGGGGCGCAGCGGGGCAGCCGGCGCAGCGGGGCAGCAGGGGCCAAGCAGCAGGCAAUGGGGACCCUGUGUCCCAGCCAGUGCCGGCCCCACCCCCGGCACCUGACAUGAGCCCUUGCGGGCCUCUCAACCUGAGCCUGGCAGGCGAGGCGACCACGUGUACGGCACCCGGGGCCCCCAACGCGUCUGCCGGACCGCCGUCGGGCCUGGCGGGCGCGUCGCCCGCGCUGCCCAUCUUCUCCAUGACGCUGGGCGCCGUGUCCAACGUGCUGGCGCUGGCGCUGCUGGCGCAGGCAACGGGCCGUCUGCGGCGCCGCCGCUCGGCAGCCACCUUCCUGCUGUUCGUCGCCAGCCUGCUGGCCACCGACCUGGCUGGCCAUGUGAUCCCGGGCGCGCUGGUGCUGCGCCUGUACGCGGCGGGGCGCUCGCCGGCCGGCGGCGCCUGCCACUUCCUGGGAGGCUGCAUGGUCUUCUUCGGCCUGUGUCCGCUGUUGCUGGGCUGCGGAAUGGCCGUGGAGCGCUGCGUGGGCGUCACGCGGCCGCUGCUGCACGCGGCCCGCGUCUCGGUGGCCCGCGCGCGCCUGGCUCUGGCCGCCCUGGCCGCCUUGGCCUUGGCCGUGGCGCUGCUGCCGCUGGCGCGCGUGGGCCGCUACGAGCUGCAGUACCCGGGCACGUGGUGCUUCAUCGGCCUGGGUCCGGGGGGCGGCUGGCGCCAGGCGUUGCUCGCUGGCCUCUUCGCCGGCCUCGGCUUAGCCGCGCUGCUCGCCGCGCUUGUGUGCAACACGCUCAGCGGCCUGGCCCUGCUGCGCGCUCGAUGGCGCCGCCGCUCUCGACGGCGCUCCCCGGCCUCCGGCCCUGACAGCCGCCGUCACUGGGGAGGGCGCGGACCCCGCUCGGCCUCCGCCUCGUCCUCUUCGUCCGUCGCUUCGGCCUCUGCCGUCCCCGGCGGCUCCCUGGGCCGCGGCUCAGCGCGCAGAGCUCGCGCCCACGACGUGGAGAUGGUGGGCCAGCUCGUGGGCAUCAUGGUGGUGUCCUGCUUCUGCUGGAGCCCCCUGCUGGUGUUGGUGGUGCUGGCCAUCGCGGGUUGGGGCUCCAACUCCCUGCAGCGGCCGCUGUUUUUGGCCGUGCGCCUCGCUUCGUGGAACCAGAUUUUGGACCCCUGGGUGUACAUUCUGCUGCGCCAAGCCGUUCUUCGCCAACUGCUUCGCCUCCUGCCCUCAAGGGCCGGCGCCAAGGGCAGUCCCGCGGGUCUGGACCUAACCAGGAGCGUUUGGGAGGCCAGCUCGCUGCGCAGCUCCCGGCACAGUGGCCUCAGUCAAUUCUAGGUGCGCCCGGCGGCUUAACUAGACCACCCCGGGCCUCGGGUCCGCACCGUGGAGACUUCGGGGAAUAAAGGUUUUUGUGGACAA